AUGGCUCAAACGUCAUCUCCUUAUUCUCCCUGCCAUCUGCGCUUAUUGAAAAGUGGCGGGAUCGCCGGUAGACCUUCCCCCUAUAAAGCCCUGAUAGGAUCUGUCAUACCUCCAAACUCUCCAGAAUCACUCAAACAAUCCAUAAAUUCUCUUAUUAACGAACCGCGUAUGGAGCUGUCCCAAUACGACUCCAUCAUUCACGAUUUGGUUUCAACUGUAAAAGAGGCCGAAUCUCAACGUAACAAGGUCCGCAAAUUCAUCAACGCCCAUGUGUCACUUAAUCCGCCCGUCCACGCUCUUCCUCCAGAAAUUCUGAACGAAAUAUUCCUCUUCUCGUGCACGAGCCCGUAUAGAGUCUUUGGAUCUUGCAAUUGCGAGCCCCGAGUGAUAGGGGGAGUUUGUCGACGAUGGCAUGACCUUGGAGUUCCCCCAAAUUGUGGUUAUCUUUAA